AUAUCAGUUAUACUUCUGGGUUACUUGUUCUGGAUAUUAGUUAUAUUUCAUGUUCACUCGUUCUGGAUAUCAGUUAUACUUCUGGGUUACUUGAUCUGGAUAUCAGUUAUAUUUCUUUUUCACUCGUUCUGGAUAUCAGUCAUACUUCUAGGUUACUUGUUCUGGAUAUCAGUUAUACUUUUGGGUUACUUGUUCUGGAUAUUAGUUAUAUUUCAUGUUCACUCGUUCUGGAUAUCAGUUAUACUUCUGGGUUACUUGUUCUAUAUAUCAGUUAUAUUUCAUGUUCACUCGUUCUGGAUAUCAGUCAUACUUCUGGGUUUCUUGAUCUGGAUAUCAGUUAUAUUUCAUUUUCACUCGUUCUGGAUAUCAGUCAUACUUCUAGGUUACUUGUUCUGGAUAUAA